AUGGCUGAAGGCACUACCCGCCGUGCAUCCGCAACCAGAGAACGGUCUGUAACCGAAGACCCUGAGGAUAACUCUGACAUUGGAUCUGGCGAUGAGGGCCAAAGUCAGGGUGGCAAACCUGGCAGGAAGAAAAAUCCCAAUAGCGCCUCACAGGCCGCCAGACGCGACCAGAACAGGAUUGCUCAACGCGAAUUUCGACUUCGCAAGCAGCAGCGUAUACGUGACCUUGAGGCCCGCGUAGAACUUCUUUCUGCCGGGGAGGACCAAGCUUUGGGCGAGAUGCGCAAUAUUCUGAAGGACCUGAUGGCCGAGAAUCAUGUCCUGCGCGGUCUGAUUCGCAGUCUCAGUGGCUUCAUAGGCGAUGGUGCCGGCGGCCUCUUGCCGAAGCUGGGUUGGACGAUGCGCGACUUCGAGGCAUACGUGAACAGGUCGGAGACGGACACAGCAUACGAAUCUUUCCAACGGCGUAAGAACGAGUCCGGCAACUCCCGCAAGCGCUCAGCAGAUGACGCUGGCUCUGCCGACAGCGCCAACAAGCGCGCCCGCGGCACCGACCGCCAGCCGGACGGCUUCCCCGCACUCAUGCCUGUCAACCCAAUGGGACCGGGCGGCAUGUUCCCCCCGCCGCCUCCAACCACUAAUGGCCGCAGUCCGGCUUCAAACGGAGGCAGUGGUGCUACACUCUUCUCCGAUCUCAUGCGUUCCGCCACGGGCGGUUCGUCGCCGAUGUUUUCCAUGACCGGCGCAUCGCCCCCGAGCGGCACCAGCCCCUUUGGCUCAGGACCCAGCCCGACCUCUUACGACACAAGCUACAUGGGCAACAUGUGUAUGGGUGGAGAUGGAUCUCUCUCGUCCAUGUCAUUCGGCCAAGGCUCUGCAGCACCCGCGCAACCCGUCGAAGAAGAAGAGGAGCGUCAGGAUCCUAAGAACGAGGAAGCGCAGAAGCUCAUGUCAUACCAUCUCGAUAACUAUAAGCGCAAUAGCCAGUACUGCCUUCCUGCUUCCCUUCGGCCCACGCUGGUCCAGCGAACAGUUCCCCACGAAAGCGUCAUUGACCGCAUCCCGCAUCCCGAGCUACGUGAUCGCCUGAUCCUUCUCCGUGGACGUUUCAGCCUCGUCGACUGCCUUCAUGACUAUGCCAUGUCUGUGACCAUCCAUGGUGACGACGUCCUGGCGCACGCAAAUUGGGAGAUCAACGAGUCAUGGCUCCGGAAAUAUGGUUUCCUCGUCGAUCAAAAUACACUGAAUGUCACGAACAAGUGGCGCCGGGAGCGCGGUGCGAGCGAGCUUCAGCUUCGUGAUAUAGUUCCGCCUGAGGGCCAGAACGCCCAGGCUUCUUAG